GAUGGCGCUACCUCCACCGCCGCCACCGCCACCUCCACCGCCUCCUCCUCCAAUAGGAGAGGCAAAUCCUCCCCCUUACCCCGGUCCGGCGCCUUUGAUGCAACCUGCGACAAAUGCACAACCAGCUCCGGACGCUCAAACGGCAUCCCAGCCUAGUGCUGCCCCAGGAAGCGAAGAUAAAGUCUGGGAAAGAGCGUGGAGUGUGGACGAGCUGAGAAAGGGGUCAUCAAAUUGGACACUCGCUGCUGAUUCAGGGUUUCUCCUUUAUUUGCAAGAGUUCUCCCAACGAAUUAUUUCGCAAACUCAUGAUAUUGAGACACAGGUGGAUGGGCUGAUCAAUAGUACAAAAGGAAUGGAUUCCAAGGUGCAAAAUACAAUGAAUGACUUUUUAAUGCUGUCUAAUACACAAUUUAUUGAAAAUCGUGUUUAUGAAGAGGAUGUCAGUAAAGAUGAGACAAAUGAAGAGAAGGAGAAAGCUCCAGAACCAGAAAAGGCAAAAACAAGGGAGCAGCUAGAAGCAGAGGUUAUUCCUAAGCUAAGUGAAGCUCUUAAACAUGGAGUUGGGGUUAUGGAUAAUGCAUUUGUUGCAGUUGAGCUCACAACCGAACAUUCUGAUGAUGAGGAAGAAGAUAAUGAUGCCAAGACAGCAUUUAAGCCACAAGUGAUUUUGGAACCCAAGGAUGUGUAUUCCAAUCGUCCAUUGCCACAACUGAUUGGAAGUGGUGAUUUCUUUAGGGAUGAGCUGGUAGGAUUCGAAGGAUCUUCAGGAGAAGAAGAUGAAGGUGAAGAAGAUGAAGAAGAAGCAUCUUCUAGUAGCAGUGGAAGUGAAACUGAAUCGACAGCUAGUGGAGAAUCCAGCAAUGAGAGCUCAGAAGAGAGUAGCAGUGAAUCAGACACAGAAAAGCCACAAGAGACAGCGAAAAAAGAGAAAAACAAGCCAAAGCAAAUUAUUGAAUCAGAAGAAGACGAUGAUGAUCUAUUUGGUGAAAAGAAGAAGCCUCCGGACUCAGAUGAGGAAGAGGAGGACAGUGAUGAUGAGGAAGAACAGCCAAAGAAGCUGAAGGGUGGUUUAGACUUUGCUUCUGAACUGGCAGCAAAAAUUGGAGUGGCAAAGGUGAAGCCACCAGACAGUGAUCAAGAUGAUAAUGAAGAUAAGGUGGCUGAUGGUGAGUGGAGUGAGGAGGAGAAGCAAGAGACGAAAAAGGUCGAAGUCCAGGAAAAACAGCGCAGCCUAACAAAAACCAGCUUAACAAAAAGCCGCAGUGACAGCAAGACGAAAGAGAAGAAAUCUCAUCACCAUCAUCAUCAUCACCAUCAUGACAAAAAAGAACGCUCUGAUUCCCAGGGAGAGCACAAGCAUAGAAAACGACAUGACAGUAAAACCAGUCACUCUAGUGUGGACACAAGACAUUCAGUUCCUGCAGAGGAUGAUCUGUUUAGCCAGUCAAGUCCUCAAGAAGAUGGUCUCUUUGGAGGUGAAGGAACCCCAUUUGCUAAGAAAGGAGGGCUGUUUAGCGGUGGAGGAAAUCUCUUUGACGAUGUUGAUGAAGACAAGGAUGACUUGUUUGCUGAGGCUUCAACAACAGAAACAAAGAAACAGGAUGGACCAACAGAAGCAGAAGAGGAAUCUGUUAAAGUUAAACCCAGAGCAAGAAGUACAGCAAGUGGGAAGAAAAUCCCAGCUGGUGCAAUCUCUAUAUUUGGAGACUCUGGGUUGUUUGGAUCACCAUCACCAACAAGAGAGGACAUUGCCACCAGUUUGACUAAAAACAAUCUAAAGCAAGAGGAAGCUGAAACAAAACCCAAACCUAAGAGUGGAGGGGGUGGGGGUGGUUUGUUUGAUGGUGAUGAUGAUGAUGAUCUGUUCAGUGGUACAACUUCUAGACCAUCUGCUGCAGCUUCAGUAGUUCAAGAAACCACGAAGGUCAAACCAACAGCAAAUAAGGUUGAUCUGUUUGGUGCCCACAAUGAGGAUGAAGAAGAUGAUGGUGACUUGUUCAGUGGAGAACCUAAAGCAAAGGAAGCUGGACAGGCAACACCAAAGAAAAAGCUUCCAGCUGGUGCAGUAUCCAUGUUUGGUAGCUCACCACCUCCUUUAAUGUUUGGCAAGAACACUGAUGAUGAAGAAGCGAAAGAUGAUACUGGGUUUUUCAAGGCAUCCAAUGCUGCACCAAAGAAGAAUGAAGUAAAGCCUCCCCCUGUUUCACAGCCAAGCAAGCCAAAAUCUGGGGGAGGACUAUUCAGUGAUGAAGAUGAAGAAGAAGGGGGAGGGUUGUUUGGGGCCCCUGCUGCAAAGCCACUGCCCAAAGAAGAACCAAAGUCCCGACCAAAAACAAAGACAACAAUUAGUUUGUUUGAUGAUGAUGAGCAGGAUCAAGAGGAAGAUUUCUUUGCUGCACCAGCAGCUUCAAAACCAGUCAAGAAAGAGCCAACCAAGGACAAACCCAAAGAAGAAGUCAAGGAAUCUAAAGCACCCAGUGCUAAGACUUCUGGGCUCUUUGAUGAUGACGAUGAAGAUUUGUUCAAUUCUCCAUCGCCUAAACCUCCCCCCUCUCCUAACGUCGCCCGCAAGGAGGAAAAAAAGGAAGAAACGAAGCCUAGUAGGAGUUCUUCAAAAAUACAAUCUUUGUUUGAUGCUGAUGUUGAUGAUGAAGGAAUGUUUGGAGGUACAUCAGAGGAUAUCUUUACAGCGUCACAGUCUCCUCAGAAGUCGUUUGAGCCCGUGUCACCUUUAUCAGCGGCCAUAUCAGAAACAGUCCCGCCUCUUGACGGCAACGAUGGAGUUUCAAUCAGCAAAGCGAAACCCAAACCAACCGCUGCAACAACGGCGGCGCCGAAACCUAGUCUGUUCAGUGAUGAAGAGGACGACUUGUUCGGUGGGAAACCAGUGGAGGAACCGAAAGUCGAGGAGAAGAAAGAAGUGAUAUCAGAGAGCCCCAAACCCAGGAAACCAGUCGGCGCAGUUUCCAUGUUUGGUGGUGUUGAUCUGUUCGCGGGUAAGAGGCCUUCGUUUCUGGGAGAAAAGAACGAAAAGAACGAUCCAGAGACGACAGAGGCAGUCAAGAAAGGAGAAGACAAGCCUGCUACAACCGUGAAACAAGCGGAUUUAUUCGGCAGUGAACAAGCUGAAGAUGAACUCUUUUCCUCCAAACCGAAGACAACAAAAUCAAUCGCGAUUGCUUCCAAAGCCAAGCCAAGUUCAGACUUGUUUGGUGCAUCUCCCGAAGAUGAUCUGUUCUCUGCUCCAAGUAAACCAUCCUCAGAACCGAAGUCAGUAAAGCCUCCAGUUAUCUCGAAACCAGAGGUAGAAGACGAACCUACCAAACCUGUUGAGCCCGUAGAACCUGUCAAACCUGUAGAACCAGUAAGACCCAAGAAACCUGCUGGAGCGGUGUCCAUGUUUGGUGGUGUGGACCUAUUUGGUGGCAGCAAAUCACCGCCAUUUACAACGGCUCCCGCCAAAAUACGUGUACCUGUAAAACCAAAAGAUCCCUUAGGAGGGGACGACGAAGAAGACUUGUUUUCUUCCGAAUCUAAAGAUAAAAAAGAAGCUGAGCCUGAGCCAUCAGGUCCACUUCCAGUACCCAAGCCAGCCUCGUUACCAUUCCCCUCGAGUGUCAGUCCUAAAACGUCACCGGUGAAGCUUGGGUCAGGAAUCGAGAAGCUGCAGAAAUCUCUCGCCUUUAAUCCUGCCAUGUUGAGACCCGGAGCGGCCCCGCCGAAGAAGGAGGCCCCGGCUACUGUAGCUUCAUUUGACGAGCCAGCCAAAGUCACCACCCUGGAGAGCACCAAUAAGGUUCGCGCCAAGGUCCAAGUCAAACGCCGUCCUCCAACGCGCCAAGCCCGUCGGGCUGCGGCAGCAACGAGUAGCGCUACGGACGCAUCACUUUUUGGCACGUCGACGAAUGAAGACGAGGGCGCAAGUGCUCGGGUGUCCUGGGGAGGAUUUCCCUCUCCGGAGGAGGGACUGGGAAAUUAUGAAGUGGAUACUGGGCAGCGACCGUCGAGGACUAAGACCAAGGAUUCUGAUCUGAGUGACGAGUUUUUCGGUUUCACUAGUUCUGGGUCCGCUCGGGUUAAGAAAGACGUCUCCGAGGACCCUUUAUCUGGGGGAAUUUUUUCAGAUUCUGUUUCUACUAAGCCGAAGGUUUCGACAGCUAAUGAACUAUUUAAGGAGGACUCCGAUGAUUUAUUUUCAAUUUCAAUCGAGAAAACAAACAAGAUAGAUGUGGACGAUCCUCUUUCUGUUGGUCAAACAAAAGAAGAAAGUAAACCCAAGACUGCAGAUCCGUUAAUUACAAAUGACUCUUCUCCAAGUUUAGUUAGUGCCACAUCUCCCGAAGAAGAUUUAUUUUCAUCUGCCAAAGACACAAAGAAAAAAUCAGAAACAACUGUAAAGGAAACGCCCAGCAAAGGUGAAGAGGACUCAAAGAUUUCCUCGCCUCUAGAUGACGAUUUAUUUUCACCUGUCCCCAAAGACGAUAAAAACGUGGGUAAAACAACAGCUGCAAAAGAUCAGCUCUCCGCCAAACUUCCAACAAACCUUCCAGCAAAGGAACAGUCGCCAGUCUCAGAUGGCGACUUGUUUGCGUCAAAUACGGCAAAGGAAGAGAGCAAACCCAACAAGGGGGAGAAAGAAAAAACCACCACGGAUAAAAAAUUUUCUUCCCCUCUCGGUGACGACGAUGAUGAUUUGUUUGCAGUUAGUGCGCCGGCCAAGAAAGAAAUAAAAACAGUUACAGACAGUGCUGCGAAAAAAACAGCAAGUCCACUGUCUGGCAAGAAGACAGUUACGAAAGGAAGCUCAAUUCUUGACAAAGAAGACGAUGAAUUAUUCUCCGUCAAGAAAACUGAAGCCCGAAAGCCGAAGAAAGUCGUGAAACCGCUGGGAGAUGAUGACUUGUUUGGAGACUCAGGGGACAUCUUCAGCGAUAUUCCGAGCAAACCAAAGGGGCCUAAAAAGAAAAAGUCUGCGACCAAUGCACCCAAAGACGACAUAUUCGCUGAUGAUGCCGCGCCUGGAGGAGACGAGCAUGCGCCAAAGAAAACAGCGACAAAAGCCAAGAAGAAAACAGAUAAAAAGCCUAAAAGUUCAAUAUUCGAUGACGACGCACCAAGUAUAUUUGACGACCCACUGAAUGCUACUUCAAAGUAAAAAUAUUGCAACUAAAAAAAUUUCCUUAAAAUUGAUGAGACGCCAAAAUCAUUUUACACAAAUAAAUUAGUCACGUAUUUUAUAUAAUAUAAGAAAAAGGUACAGUCUGCUAUCAUAAUUAAAAUGAUUUGUAGUAUUUUUUGCUGAUUCUCCAAGAGAAGUGCAGCGACGGUACCACAAGGUCAAAAAAGACUGAAGGAAUUAAAUGUACUUGAGAUUUCUAUUUUGUAUAGAAGAGCGUGAAAGAAUGAAGUGAUUUUCUUGUUGGCCAAAUUUAAGAGAUUAGCGAUUUCCCUUGACAGAGCCGAGCAGAAGCUCUGUCAAGGGCCCUCUUUCAAAAUACCAUUCUAAUCCAUUUUACAAGCUCUUGAAAUACAAACCAAGACAAACAAAACCACGUUUACAUAUCGUUUCAAGAUGCAGGCUCGCGGUUCGUGCACGUAAACAAAAUGAGGCUAAAUUUUCAUGGUCGUCAUUCCCAAUCAAUUUUGAGAUUCUGGUUUUCUCGUACACCGCAGGGAAAAUGGCCACAUGAAAGAACCACUCACGAGAUUUCCAUUUUUUCAGCCUCACACAAGGAUUUAAUUGACUUUAAGUUUUAACCUGAGGCGAAAGAGUAAUUGAGAGACACCACUCGAUACUCAUCAACAACACAUACGGUAGAGCCACUUUUGUUUUUCUUUGAAUCAGGUCCAGUUGAUCCUUUCACAAUAUAGACAAUCGUUUUAGCACAUUAAUUUUAGUGUUGUUUAAAUUUAGAUGUUUGUUUAGGUAAAAGGUCAACUUUAAUCUGAAUUCUUUAGAUUUGGCGAAUUAGUAUUUCACGAAGAGUCACAAAAGCGAAAUUACUGAAACUCAUCUCUCUAGCAAUGGCAAUUGUGAACCACUGUGGCAAAUAAAUCUAUGUUUGCUCAUGGA